AUGAUCUCAGGAACAUCUCGUGGAGCCCUUGCUUCGUUAUCUAGAAGAUCGACUGGACUUUCCAUCCGUUCUGUGUCCAAUAGCGCCAGACUUUUCACCAUUGAACAAAAAGGAGGCUCAACCAUUCAAACUAGCCCAAGUCCAGCUGCUUCUGCUGCCAGUGCCGCUGCCAAUGCUGCUGCUGCUUCCGCUGCUUCUUCUGCUGCCACUUCUACACUUGCAGUCAAGUCAACUCCAGGAUUGUCUCCAGUACCGCCAAAGGCCGGUGACUUACCUCCACCACCCCCACCACCUAAGGCAAAGAAGUCGACUUCCUUGACGGGACUACUCUUGAAGACAUUCCUUUUCUUGUCUGUUGUCUACGGAGGUACUUUGUACGCAGCCACCAAGAAUGACACUAUUCUCGACUUCGUCAUUGACAACAACUUACCCUACCAUGAGGAACUUAUCGACUUAAUUGAGACCGGAUCUCUCGAUGAUGUGGAGAAGAAGUGGUCUGAAAUUAAGGCAUAUUUCUCCGACGUGGAAUUCAAAUUACCUACCAAGGAAGAUUUAGAAGAUUUGAAGUCGAAGAUCGAAGAAAAGACCAAAUUUGACUCUCCAAACUUCUCCAUCCCCAAGAAAGAAGUCAAUGAGGAGGUCGUUGUCACUACUCCCAUUGAAGGAACACCAGGCCAACAACUCCAAAAGCCUGUAGAACUUGCCCAAAAGGCUGUAACUCAUUUGCCACUUCUCAAGUUGUCCAGUGGUAGUUCUGCAGAAGAUUCUGUCAGAAAGACAGUAGACUCCUUCAACGAUCUUAUCAAAUCCAUUGACGUAACACAUUUGCUGCCAUCUUCCUCCGCAUUGAUCAAGUCUAUUAACGACAAUAUUAAUAUUUUGGAAAACAAGUUGAACAAGCUUUCUGCAAGUUUCAACGAGGAGCUUUCGUCUCAAUUGAAGGUGAGCCAAACCGAAGUUUUGGCUAAUUACACCAAGAAGGAAUUGGAACUUACCGAAAACUUCUUGCAUCAAUUCAACACUGAAAAGGUUCAAUUGGAAAGAAAAUUAAAUCAGCAAUUGGUACAAGAGAUUGAAUCUGCCAAGGAAACUAUCAGUCAGGCCGCUGUAAACGCUGUUACCCUCAUGAGGAUUGAAACCACCAAGAACUUCGAUAAGCUUGUCAAGGAUCAAAUUGACCAAGAAAGAGACGGCAGAUUGAAGAACUUGGCCAAUGUAAAUACCAGAUUGGAGUCUGUAGAAAAGUUCAUAGUAGACUUAGAGGGUCAACUUGUUCAAAAUCACAAAAAGACUGAAGUGCAAAAGGCAUUAAGUAAGUUGAAAGCUGUUAUUUUCAAUCUGAGUAACGGCUCCAAGCCACAACUUUUAGGUCCGUACGUAGAUGCACUUGCCAAGGCAGUAAGUUCCACUGAUGAUGAAUUAUUGAAACUUUCUGUAGCUGACCUUGCCUCAGUUGCAGCCAACGAAUCUACACAUUCCAUCCUCUCUCUGUCUCAACUUCUUUCCAGAUGGGAACAAUUAUUACCUGAAUUGAGAUCAGCAUCCUUAUUACCACCUAACGCCGGUCUUUUGGGACAUUUAUCCUCAAUUUUAUUUUCCAAGUUGCUUUUAUCUACAAAGGGAUCUAAGCCAGACGGAAAGGACAUCGAAAGUGUUAUCGGUAGAGUAGAACAACUGCUUACUAGAGGUGAAUUAGACGCUGCUGUGGAAGAUGUAGCCAGUUUGAAGGGAUGGUCAAGAAAAUUGGCUGAUGAUUGGGUUAUUGAAGGAAGAAAGAGAUUAGAAGUUGAGUUCUUGUUGAACUUGAUUGACUCUGAGGCUAGAGUGUUGUAA